AUGGGGGCUGAAAUUGAGAAGAAUUUCCCAACACGAUCUCAUCAAAUGGCUGAGGAUUACCAAACGGCAAAUGCUUUCGCGGCUCCCCAGCUGAGGAAUGAUGAGGAAGUUGAGGAUCUCUUGCCGCUGGCGCAGAGCUGCGAUCCCGCCAUUUGCACGCCACCAAACUGCAGAUGCUCCUCAACGCAGCUGGACGAGUCCAUCCCUCGUGAGGACACGCCACAGCUCGUGAUGAUGACCUUCGAUGACGCAGUCACGGCCCUCAAUUUCGAGUACAUUGAGGAGGCCUUCAAAGGACGAAGGAAUCCCGACGGUUGUCCAGUGGCCGCCACGUUCUUCGUCUCUCACGAGUACACAGACUACUCCAAGGUCCACGCACUGUGGGCUGACGGCCAUGAGAUCGCUCUGCACUCGAUCACUCACACGCCAUCCACCGAAUACUGGAAGUCACUGGACGUCGACACACACAUUCGGGAGUUCGGCGAGCAGCGCGACAUGCUGGCUCACUUCGCUGAGAUCGAUCAGGAAGAUAUCGUCGGUGUGCGAGUGCCGCAUCUGCAGCUGUCAGGAAACAACAGCUUCGAAGCCAUCAGGCGCUUUGGGGGACUCUACGACUGCUCUUGGCCAACGCAGCACUUCGUGGGCCCCGGAAUGUGGCCCUUCAGCCUGGACUACACGUCCACGAUGGACUGCCCCCUGGGCAACUGCCCCACAGCCUCCAUCCCGGGAGUCUGGGUGGUGCCCAUGCUUGAUUGGAUAGACACUGAAGGCUACAAGUGCGCCAUGGUGGACACUUGCCCAAAUCUGCCUGCCGAUGACGUCGAAGAGACCUUCGAGUGGAUGAAAGAGAACUUCGAGAGGAUGUACAACUCAAACAGAGCACCUUUCGGUGUAUUUCUGCACAGCGCCUGGUUCUUGACCAGAGCCAGCAAUUUCCCAGCUUACAAGAUGUUUGUGGACUACAUGAAUUCCCUUCCGGACGUGUAUCUCGUGAGCGUGUCGCGAGCUGUAGAGUUCACGAGGGAUCCUCGGGCUGUUACAGGAACCAGUGCUGUUCCUCCGGAAUUUCCUCUGGAGUCUGAAGAGCAAGAAGAGGAGGUCGCUCCUCAACCCCAACCACAGCCUCAGCCUCAACCUCAGCCCCAACCUCAGCCUCAACCUCAGCCUCAGCCAAACUCUGCACAAGAGCCCGAGCAGGAAGUAGAAGAGGAGAACGAAGAAGAAAUUGAAGACGCAGAAGAGGAGGAAGUCGAAGGGGAUGAUGAGGAGGAAAUGGAGUCUGAAGAAGAGCAGAACGAAAACAUUGUGCCGCUGAGAAGGUCCAGGAGGCAGGCUCGUCCGAAUUCUGCCUUCAAUGAGUGCCAGGCAGUGCACGAGAAAACCUGUGUUCCGAAAGUGUGCCAAUUGACAAAGACCUCGACUGGGGAGGAGCGCUGGAUGACUUCUUGCGCACCCUGCCCAGCUGUCUACCCUUGGCUGGGAAAUCCCCUGGGUCUCCGCGAGGUGCCACAGCCCGAUGAGGACGAAGAGUAG